UUUUGGACACAAAAGGUAUAUAUUAAUAUGAGUCUUUUAAGACGUUUCAAGGCCACCGACUUGUUCGAGUUCAAUAAUGUCAAUCUCGAUGCAUUGACUGAGACGUACAACAUCUCUUUUUAUUUACAAUAUCUUGCUCGCUGGCCAGACCUUUUCAGCGUACAAAUCUCUCCUCAUGAUCGUCUAAUGGGUUAUGUGAUGGGAAAGGCCGAGGGUACUGGAAAGAACUGGCACGGUCAUGUUACAGCAAUUACAGUUGCACCUGAAUACCGUCGCCUUGGACUAGCAGACGGUAUGAUGAACCUCCUCGAAGAAGUUUCUGAAAAGACCUAUAAUGGGUGGUUUGUCGAUCUGUAUGUACGUCAUUCAAAUGCGGUAGCUAUUGGGAUGUAUCGUAAGUUUGGCUACUCGGUGUAUCGAAGGGUCAGGAAUUAUUACAGUGGUGUUACAAAUGAAGAUGCAUACGACAUGCGGAAACCUCUAUCUCGCGAUAAAAAACAUGAAACUAUCAGAGAAAACGGAGAGAACGUAUACGUUGAUCCAGAAGAUCUUGAUUCUUGGCGUUAGAAAGGCUCAAAAAUCCAUAUAUUUGACUUUUUAUCAUAAUCAUUCAUCAAAAAAAACAGAAAAAGAAAAAAAAUGCUUGAGUAGAAG